AUGGGAUCCAAACGAUGCAGUAUUCUGCAGAUAUUUUCCUUCACGUAUAAAGGGAUCAACACUAUCUUGGUUCGACAACCUACCGUCAAACUCUAUCGAUUCCACAACCAGCUCACUGAGAAAUUCUUAGGAACAUACAUGUACAACAAGGAUGUCAACGCAGGAAUGGACAAGAUCUUCUCAUUAACUAUCAGUUACAAGGAAAUGAUCAGGGAAUACACCGAAAGAUGGCACAAAAUUUGUCAAGCAAUAGGGAACGUAGACCCAGUGGUCAGCAUCAACUGUUACAAAUGUGGAUUAGACAGAAUGAACCCGCUAUUUGUGGAGAUUCACAGAAGUGUACCUACGAUUGAAGGAGACCUUCGGGUAAUCAUCGAAAAGCACGCCAGGUUAGAAGAAAUCCAGCGGGAGAAUCCCGGAGCCCAAACUCAAAGAUCUCAUCGAAUAAACUCAGUAGAAAAAGCUAGAGGAUCAAAGAGGGGCGGUUCAACUGAACGUCCUAACGAAGAUAAGAGAGGACGAAGGGAUGAUCGUCGACGCGACGACCGAAAAUUCGAAGACCAAGUCUUUACGAAUCUCAACACCAUUUACACUCGCAUCCUAAGGGAUAUUAAGGAUCGAGAGAACUUAGAGUGGCCUUGGUCCAACAGGAAGAAACCACCACGAUCCGAGAAAUCUAGAGACUACUGUGAGUACCACUGCUUCAACGGGCAUCAGACUGAAAAAUGCAAGAACCUCAAGAUAAUGAUUCAAAAGAUGAUUGACGUUGGUGACCUCAAGCAAUACUUACAGAAGGCUGACAUCGAAGAGAGGGAUAAGCGAAGCAAGCAAGUCCAGCUACCGAGGGUACUCGAACGCUCAACAUUAUCUCAUGUUAUGAAGCCACUGGACCAUCACUAA